UUUUUAGUUCCGCUUAGAGCCAUAGACGGACACAUUUUGUAGUUGCACACAGCACAAAUCGAAACCUCUGUUCACAAACACAAAGUUAGUGACAGCGACUAAAAUCACCGACAACAGGGCAUCGCUGUUUACCGUUUUCUCGACAGAGAAAAACUGAGUAUUUAUGAAUUUGUUAAGCCUGCGACCUUAUAAGAGAGGUCAUAAGAGACGGUCAUGAUGGCGGAUGAGGCUGGAAAGCUUCCACUUCGGCGCCUGGAGCCCCCCAUUCAGAAAUUCAUUAAAGUGGCCAUUCCCACUGACCUGGAGAGACUGCACCAGCACCAACACAACAUAGAAAAGUUUCAGAGGAACGGUCAGUGGGACAAACUGCAUCAAGAGCACAUCAACUCCAGCCGCACUGUCCAGCAGUUGCGAUCAAACCUGCGGGAGAUGGAGAAGUUGUGUGGGCGGGUCUGCAGUGCUGAUGCCGAAGAUCUGGAGAAACUUGUUCAGCCAAUCAGAGAAAGAGCCUCCGCUGCCAUUCAGGAGUUCCUCCGGAUUCACUCAGAUGCAAUCAAUAGGCCAGAUGUUCCAACUAUCAGCACUCACGAAACUAUCAGCACAUUGCACAGUGAUGGUGAUACAGGUUUGCCCGGUUCCCCUGUCACUCAAACACAGCUGCUAAUGCCUGAAAUCACUCCAGAACAGAACGCCGCUGAGUCUUGGGACUCUUUAGCUGAGGACCUAUUGGAGUUAAAUGGUUUAGUAAACGAGUUCUCCACUCUUGUUCAUGCUCAGCAGGAGAAGAUUGACAGCAUUGAGGCCAACGUUAGCAUAGCAGCUGCUAAUGUGGAGGAGGGGACACAGAGCCUAGGGAAGGCGGCCCGUUCGAAGCUGGCGGUUUUGCCCAUGGCGGGUGCAGUGGUGGGGGGAGUGCUAGGGGGGCCGCUGGGACUCUUAGCAGGAUUUAAAGUGGCGGGGGUCGCUGCUGCCGUGGGGGGUGGACUGCUUGGUUUCGCUGGGGGCAACCUGAUCCAACGAAAGAAGAAAGAAAGAAUCGACCUGCAGCUACAACAUCUUAAGAGCAACAACAACAGUAAGAACGACACUCAGUGACACACUUGAGCACAUUUGUUUUUGUAGAGGGGGCCACGAGACGGCGGAGUUGCCGACCCACGCACGUUCUGAAAUAAAUACCAGACGCUAAGCGUACAUAAAACAACCACAAUUGCAGAAGAACUCCUACACGCAGUGCAAACAUGCACAAGUGGACCUGAUCAUUUUCAUCAUUCAUUUCUAUGCCAAAGCAAACAAGGCCUUAUUCCAUCAUCUGACGUGCUGCUGAACAGCUGAUUGACCUUUGUAGCAGUAAUGUGACUGUAGGUGUUAGAGGUGGUUAACGAUUAUAGAUGAUUGUUGUAUGAACUAUAUAACAGUAAGAUUUGUUAUGCAUACUGAGGAUUUGCAGUAGGUGACAUGGUUCUGUUUACUACAGUUAUGUAGGUAUACAGUUAAGUUAAGUUAAGUGGUAUUGUAACUGAUGCAUUUCUUUUCAAAUUUGUUCAUGGGUUAUGAGUAGAUAUAAAUGAAACAUUUAUUCUAUGUAAAAUACAUUUUAAGGUUUAUAUGUAUCACAGAUAUAAGAAUGGAGGCUAUGCACAGUAGUGAGAAACUCGGCACACUAUGAAUAAACAAUGAAUAAACUUCAUUAUCAAUGACAAAUUAUGCAGUUAAAAUAAUGAUAUAGUUUUUAUAUUCUGUGGAGCCCAUGAAUGCUUGUUUUGCCUUAACUUUUGAUAAAUUCAACGUUUCAGAUAUCUAAUAAUGAUUUAGGCUGCUAAAAAUUAAUACAAUUUCAAUAACACUUAAUAAGCCAUUGUAAUGGAUAAUUAAUAUACAAAUUGUUUCAAUAUUAUAUAUAUAUAUCUAAUUAGUGCUGUCAAAUGAUAAAUCGCGAUUAA